GGGGGUGGGAGUGUUGUUAACCAGAGCGGCCGCCGCAGUCGCGGAAUUGAGCGGCCUCGCGGCGCUAAGCUGCUGGUCCCCGGGCCAGGGCAAUGUUCCGCACCGCAGUGAUGAUGGCCGCCAGCCUGGCGCUGACUGGGGCCGUCGUGGCUCACGCCUACUACCUCAAGCACCAGUUCUACCCCACUGUCGUGUACCUGACCAAGUCUAGCCCCAGCAUGGCCGUUCUGUACAUCCAGGCCUUCGUCCUUGUCUUCCUCUUGGGCAAGGUGAUGGGCAAAGUGUUCUUCGGGCAGCUCAGAGCAGCAGAGAUGGAGCACCUCCUGGAGCGGUCCUGGUACGCGGUCACCGAGACUUGUCUGGCCUUCACUGUCUUCCGCGACGACUUCAGCCCCCGCUUCGUCGCCCUCUUCACUCUCCUCCUCUUCCUCAAGUGUUUCCACUGGUUGGCUGAGGACCGCGUGGACUUUAUGGAACGCAGCCCCAACAUCUCCUGGCUCUUCCACUGUCGCAUCGUCUCCCUCAUGUUCCUUCUGGGUAUCCUGGACUUCCUCUUCGUCAGCCACGCCUAUCACAGCAUCCUGACCCGUGGGGCCUCUGUACAGCUGGUGUUUGGCUUUGAGUACGCCAUCCUGAUGACCAUGGUGCUCACCAUCUUCAUCAAGUACGUGCUGCACUCUGUGGACCUGCAGAGCGAGAACCCCUGGGACAACAAGGCCGUGUACAUGCUCUACACGGAGCUGUUCACAGGCUUCAUCAAGGUUCUGCUAUACAUGGCCUUCAUGACCAUCAUGAUCAAGGUGCACACCUUUCCGCUCUUCGCCAUCCGGCCCAUGUACCUGGCCAUGAGGCAGUUCAAGAAAGCUGUGACCGACGCCAUCAUGUCUCGCCGGGCCAUCCGCAACAUGAACACCCUGUACCCGGAUGCCACCCCAGAGGAACUCCAGGCCAUGGACAACGUCUGCAUCAUCUGCCGAGAAGAGAUGGUGACCGGCGCCAAGAGGCUCCCCUGCAACCACAUUUUCCACACCAGCUGCCUGCGCUCUUGGUUCCAGCGGCAACAGACCUGCCCUACCUGCCGCAUGGAUGUGCUUCGGGCAUCUCUGCCAGCCCAGUCACCACCGCCUCCUGAGCCUGCAGACCAGGGGCCACCUCCUGCUCCCCACCCACCACCACUCCUGCCCCAGCCCCCCAACUUCCCCCAGGGCCUCCUGCCUCCCUUUCCUCCAGGCAUGUUCCCACUCUGGCCCCCCAUGGGCCCCUUUCCACCUGUCCCACCUCCUCCCAGCUCAGGAGAGGCUGUGGCCCCUCCAUCUACGAGCACAGCCCUCUCUCGGCCCAGUGGCGUGGCCACAACCACAGCUGCUGGCACAGCUGUUGCUGGUGCCCCUGCCCAGGCACCUGGCUCUGUCCCUGCCCCCGAGAGUGGCCCAGCCCCUGGCUUCCCCUUCCCUCCGCCCUGGAUGGGUAUGCCCCUACCUCCACCAUUUGCCUUCCCCCCAAUGCCCGUGCCCCCUGCGGGCUUUGCCGGGCUGACUCCAGAGGAGCUGCGGGCCCUGGAGGGCCAUGAGCGGCAGCACCUAGAGGCCCGGCUGCAGAGCCUACGCAACAUCCACACGCUGCUGGACGCCGCCAUGCUGCAGAUCAACCAGUACCUCACCGUGCUUGCCUCCCUGGGGCCCCCCCGGCCUGCCACUUCAGUCAGCCCCACUGAGGAGGCCGUCCCUACAGUGACUGCUGCCUCCUCCACUAGCACCCCCAGCUCCGAGGCCACCACCCCGUCCCCAGGAGCCUCCCCUCCAACCCCUGAGCCUGAAAAGCCCCCAGCUCGGGAGUCGGCGGGCACCGAGGAGCCGCCCGAGGACGGGGAGCCAGACGCAGCAGAGCUCCGCCGCCGCCGCCUACAAAAGCUGGAGUCCCCCGUGGCCCACUGACACUGCCCCCGGCCCCUGUCCCCGCUCUCUUGAGCAGCCCUCACUGGAACAUGUCCUGCCACCAAGUGCCAGCUCCCUCUCUGUCUGCACCAGGGAGAAGUGACCCCCAGCUCUGAGGAGACAGUAGCCGCCCCUAGCCAAAUGAGAGGCCUGAGCUGCCGGCUGACUCCAGGCAGCCCUAGGCAGCCAUGGGGAUCGUGGGUCAGGCCCAGCCAUCCUCUCCCACGCUUCAGCACUGGGUUCUGGGGCCUGGCUGGGCAGUGAGGGCCGAAAGACUCCGCCCCAGGAAGUCCUCUUCCUCCCCACCCCUUUCUGGGAGAAGGGGCAGCCCCUCCAAGCCCUGCUUGUGUGCGGAGUCAUGCUGCAGUGCCGAACAGUAUUAGCGUCCGUUCCUCAGUGUGGACUCGAGGGGCUGGAGGCGGGCCGGGAUCUUGUUCCUUGGCCUGCCCACCAAGACUAGUACCGAUUCCCUUUUCUCCCCUCUUCCUAGAACCUCCUUGUGAUGGUGGCUGUGCCCCCUAUGCCCUGUGGCAUUUCCAUGUCUUACUGGCAACCACUCAACUCAGGGAAAGAAGUGCCUGGGGAUGGGGGGCAGGUGGGCAGCACUGAGGGACCCUGCCCCUUCCCUCUCCCCCCAGGCCCUUCUUCCCAAGCCGCUUCUCCGAGGGAGACUGACCAGGUCUCCCCCAGCAGCCACUGCCCAGCCUCCCUGCAGGCUGAGGACCAGUGCGACUGCUCCUUAACCACUGCAGACCCCCUGGCAAUGGAGGAAGGCCCCCUCUCAGCCUGCAGGACUUCUUGAGUUGAGAAUUGGAAUUCCAUCCUUCCUAGAGUCUUUUGGCUUAAACGUUGUCUUUUGAAUUUGAAUGCAGGCGUGCCAGGCUUCUGGUCUUUCCAGUUUAGAAAAGGCUCCUGCCAGGGAGGGGCCACAGGAGCCCUGGCCUGCCGGCUUCAGUCUUUAUCCCCGUUUUGUGUUACAAGAGUUGCUGGAGACAGUUUCAGAUGAUUAUUUAAUUUGUAAAUAUUGUACAAAUUUUAAUAGCUUAAAUUGUAUAUACAGCCAAAUAAAAACUUGCAUUAAC